AUGAAAGUUAUUUUUGUUGUUUUAAGUGUUUUCGGUUACCUUUUUGGUUUCGCCGUUUUUGAAAUCAUUGAUGGCCAAAAUUCUACUAGUCCAAUCGAAAAUGCAAGUUCUACUGAUGACAUUACUUUAGUAUUGGGGAAUAUCAAUGGCAAUGUUUCACAAUUGGUGGACAUUGUAAAAGUUGAAGUAGCAACAAAAUUAUUAUUGCCUACGCUAGAGGUGUUACUUAUAGAUAUUAACAAAGCACUGAAUACAGUUGAGGACUUAACUCCUGGCAAAACUGAGAUUGUAAUAAUUCUUCUUCAUAGAGUAUUAGUAUUAUUAAAAAAAAUCGUUGAAGUUCUAACUACUGCAAAUUUAACGAAUAGUCAACGUGAGGCAGUGGAAAAAAUUUAUAAUUCAACCAAUGAGAGUAUAACUGAGGCUAUUAACUACUUACAGGAAGUACAAAACGCUAAACGUCACCAUAUCGUCUACAAGAAAUUCCACCACGCUGCUCGCAACCACCACCAAAACUAAAACAACAAUAAAAGCAGCAUUUUCAUAACGCAACAACAACACAACAUUUUCCCAAAAUAACUAAAUAAGAGUUGUAUUCAAGAAAAAAAUCAAAUUAACAACCCAAAAAUUAAUGAACGAGUUAAACCAGAUUUACUCUUAGUCUUUAGAAAUGAAAGUGUCAUUUAUUAUUUUCUUGUAAAUAAAAAAUAAUUGAGAUUAA